GGACACCGACAGAACAAGACAUACACUCUCAGACCGAGAGCCUGAGAGAUUUCCGAGAGCCUCGACAAGAAACUUGUCGUUUAGGAAUAGAUAGAUUCUUCGAGACCGGAGCAAGUAGCUCUCUCAAAAGCACAGAACACAUUAGAGCCCUCGUCAUCAGCAUAGAUCUUCUAGGCCAUGUCUGAUACAGUACCCAACCCGCCCGAGGCAACGCCGGCCGCCGUCGAAGUCCCCACAGUGCCUUCACCCGAAGCCGCACCUCCCAUGGCUCCGAGCACGCCCAACAAAGGCAUUGAAAACAUGCUAUGGGAAACUGCGCUGGACAUCCACGUUCCGCCCAAACCGCAGCAAACCCCGCCGGCGGCCGUAACUGAGGAAGACGAGAGUGCGACGGUGGAUUUGAAAGAAACGAGCGAGGAGACCAAAGGUGGGACGACAAUCAAGACGACUGUGACGACUAAGGUGACGGUUGUUAAGAAGGGGAAGGGGAAGGGUGAGGAGAAGAGUGGGAAGGAGCAGCAUGGCAAGAAGGCGGGUGCGCACCAUGCUGAUCAGAAAAAGGAGGCUGGUGGGCAGGAGAAGGACAAGCAUGGUGGGGCAAACGCAUCUAAUGCGACUGGAAAGGACGGAGCGAGCACCGCCGGCACUGGCAGCGACGCGGCAACAUCUCAAGACAGGGCCAACGCAGCCCCAGCAGCGCACAAGGCGGACGCCUCAAAGACCUCCAAGAAAAAGCACAACAAAAAGAAAGAAGCACCCACCGAAACUCAAACACACGAAGAAAAGAUGGCCGCCCUCGACGCCGCCGAAGCGCACUACGACAAGGAAAAGGCCAACCUCGACGCGUCCGACGCCGCCGCCAAAGAAGCUGACGAUCAAGCCAAGAAGCAGGAACAGCAGCAACGACAGCACCGUCGUCAAGCUCGUGCGGCUACUGCAGGUGGAGAUCCCUACGCGCAUCGCCACUUUCAUAACCUGCACCCGACAACGAAUAAGAUUAUGGCGGUGAAGUGGGAUGAGAUUGAUAGGGAGUUCCAUGCGAAGAAGUUGGCGGGUGUUAAGAGCUUUAUUGACACGUCGGCACCGAAAAAGUAUUCACAUUUGGAGAAUCGCAAGAAGACGUUGCAGCUGGCCAUGGAUCGACAGGCGCAGAUUGACAGGGACAACGCUAUACUGGUGCAGAAGAUGACUGCAAUCAUGAAGUCGACAAAGAGUCAUUUGUACGGACAGUAUGAUCAGCACCACCCUCUAUACUAUGCACACAGUCUCAACGAGGGCAGACGCAUGCGCAUAUUUGGAAAGAUUGACGAGGAUAACCUAGCCAUUCUCCACCGCAUCGAGACGCGCAAACCCUACUACGACCACAUCGACCAACUCCAAUCGCGCGUCCAAAACCUCUCAUACCUGCGCAACAUCGCCCAAUACCCCCAGCAGUUCAUCGAAGAGGACGAACAAUGGGGCACGCGGUCGCAGGCAGCCGGCGAGCGUCGCGAGCAGCGCGAACGCGACAUCCACCGGCACCAUCGCGAGAGGGUGCAGUACCUCCUAGACGAGCACCAUGACCACGCCCACCGAAGUGACGAAGAGAUGGGAAGGGAAGGGACCGAUUUGGAACACAAAGAGCAACAGCAGAAAGAUAAUAGUAAGGCGCCCUUCCAAGCCGCCUUGGCUCAACCGGCCAACCCGGAUGUAAUGCUGUUCAAUUGGCUGGGCCCGGAAAGGCAGUUGCAGUUGGAGCGGGACUGGACUGCGCCCGUGAUCGCGGCACAUGAGAAGACAGCAAAACACCACCAGCGUGCGCAUGCGACUGCGACACCACCGAAAGCUGCGUCGCCUACUCCUCGUGAAGACGCACCUGCGCCGCAAGCUUCGUUGUCGCGUGCCGCGUCGACCAAGUCGGUGAAGAGAUCGCAGACGCCGAAAGUACCUGUUGCGGACACUGAUAAAUCAUUGCUGGAAGGAGGUGUGCCUACCGGUUCUGCCCCACCUCUUCCUUCCAUUUCACGUUCUGGCAGUCGCGCUGGUGGCCUCGAGCAUGCCGGGCUGGAACGGGAGGCAUCCGCGGUUGCGGCCGUCUAAGUGGAUGGAAAUGCGGGUGGCAGAUAGGAAAAACCUAGGGUUAGGCAAUAUAGUGGUAGUCUCAGCUAGGUAGGAACCAUGUGGGGAGGAUCCAGGUAGUGUGGAUGAAGGCAGCGCGAAUUAGAUAAUAGCAAUUCAACGAAUAUGACAGUGAGUGUUUCUUUGGGCUACGGCGGCAGCACGUUUGACGCGUGACGGUUUGCAUGAGAACACGCUCAGGCGCA